AUGGAUGGGGAGGGGGAGCGGGAGGCGCCCGUCGACACCAGCUCGCCGGCGGUGGGCGAAGAAGGGAAAGAUCCGGAAAUGCCCACAGUGGUAGAUGCGCAAGGGCCUGCUGUGCCUUUACAAGAAUCUGUGGGGCGCCCAAAUGAUGAUGGCCACACUGAUGCCAAAGACGAUGUUGGUAUGCCAGAUCCAGUAGCUGAGCCUUCUGAGGAGGAAGCUGAAGGCGCACAGCAUAACCCUGCUGUGGAUGCCACUGAUGGCUCCGUCCUAUCCAAGCAGGAGGGAGAGGGGCACGAUCUGUCGACCUGGGACCAAAAUUGUGAGCGUUCAAAGGCAGACAAUGGAGCGGGGGCAAGCCUUGGAGCUAAUGAAAGCUGCAGUGACAGCAGAGGUGAUCCUGUUGCUUGGGAUCCAAGUGGAGAAUCCUCUGAGGAGGAUACUGACCAAGUUGAUGGCAGCACUGAGGAGGGGAGCUCAACACUGAGUGAGGGAGAGACUGACAGAGAAGAUGAUGACGAUGUGUCCGAGCCUGGCCGUAAUCACACUGAGCCGGCAACUGCCUGGGAAUACAUGGACCAGUCUCGAAAUGUCUGUGCCAUCAACCCCACCAAGAUGCUGCUGCUGGCUGUUAACCGAUGCCUACAUCCACAGCAAUUGAUCAGACCGGUGGGCAGCCAAGCCUGGGGCAAUGUUGAGUCGCAGCUUCCCCUGCUGCGUUACGACGGCUUGUACCCCCUUGCUGAGGAGAUGUGGCUGGGUACCAGACUAGUGUGGUAUUAUUUGGACAAGAGCGCAGAGAUCCAAGGUCCGUGUUCCGGCAAUGACAUGUUGGAGGCGUUCCAUGAUGGUUAUUUGACCGAGAAGUCGCUGAUCGUGCCCACGGCUGAGGGCGACGAUGCACCUUCAAGCACCUCCGCUUUUAGCCUAUUGGGGGAGAUCUUCAUGCGAAUGCUGAUGCUGGUGCAUGUUUUAACCAGUGCGCCCAAGGAUGCACACGACCUGUUGGUCCCCGCAGCUUCAGCUCUGUUCUCUCCAAUGGAGGGGAAGGUGUGGUUCUACAUCGGCACGAGCGGAGACGUCCAAGGGCCCCAUGAGUCUCAGGCGAUGCUGGACUGGUUCACCAAGAAGAUGCUCCCAGCAGACGUUCCGGUGUGCGAAAGGGAGGUCGGCAAGGAGCCUCCACAGGACCCCUCAAAUUUCCAGCCCCUGGGUGACGUGCUCCUGGAAAGGCAGCAGAGCCUGGUCAUGGAGGAAUGA